AUGGAAUCUGCGUCUACGAAAAAGGUCUGCUACUAUUAUGACGGUGAUAUUGGAAAUUAUUAUUAUGGUCAAGGACAUCCCAUGAAACCGCAUCGCAUAAGGAUGACCCACAAUCUUCUUCUUAAUUAUGGUUUAUAUAGAAAAAUGGAAGUUUAUAGGCCAUCUAAAGCAUACAGCGAAGAUAUGACAAGAUUCCAUAGUGACGAAUAUGUCAAAUUCUUGAAGAAUGUAAGACCAGACAACAUGCAUGAAUUUAAUAAACAAAUGCAACGUUUCAAUGUUGGCGAAGAUUGUCCAGUCUUUGAUGGACUUUUCGAAUUUUGCCAGUUAUCAGCUGGUGGUUCUAUUGCUGCAGCCGUGAAACUGAACAAACAGCAAACUGACAUCGCCAUUAACUGGGGCGGCGGUCUCCAUCAUGCAAAGAAAUCUGAGGCGUCAGGAUUCUGCUAUAUCAAUGAUAUUGUAAUAGGGAUUUUAGAACUUCUGAAAUAUCACCAAAGAGUUCUCUAUGUGGAUAUUGAUAUUCAUCAUGGUGAUGGUGUUGAAGAAGCUUUCUAUACUACUGAUAGAGUAAUGACCGUUAGCUUCCACAAGUACGGCGAGUAUUUUCCUGGAACUGGUGAUCUAAAAGAUAUUGGUGCUGGUCGUGGUAAAUAUUACGCUGUCAAUUGUCCACUGAGAGAUGGGAUGGAUGAUGAUUGCUACGAGCGUAUUUUUAAGCCUGUCGUAACGAAAGUUAUGGAAACUUUUCGACCCGGGGCCGUUGUCUUACAGUGUGGUGCUGACUCAUUAUGUGGUGAUCGACUUGGGUGUUUCAAUCUUAGUCUGAAAGGCCACGGAAAAUGCGUCGAAUUUAUCCGCUCAUUUCCUUUACCGCUUCUUCUUGUAGGAGGUGGUGGUUAUACAAUCCGGAAUGUUGCUAGAUGCUGGACUAAUGAAACAUCUAUUGCCCUUGCAACUGAGAUCCCCAAUGAUUUACCCUACAAUGAUUAUUAUGAGUAUUUCGGCCCUGACUUCAAGCUGCAUAUAAGUCCGAGCAAUAUGGCUAAUCAGAAUACUAAUGAAUAUCUUGAGCAUAUAAAAACGAAACUAUUUGAAAAUCUGCGAAUGAUACCUCACUGUCCUAGUGUUCAGAUGCAAGACAUUCCGGAUGACAUUGUCGAUUUUGACGAAAAUGAUGCUGUUGCAAAAGAUUUAGCUGAUCCAGACAAGAGGAUUUCAAUAAUGGCUGCGGAUAAAGCCAUCAUGCCCAAUAAUGAGUUUUUCGACGAUCCAGAAGAAGGUUCUGGGCUUGGAGGCACCACACUUCGAUCAGGCAAAUCAGCUUCACGAGAUGUUCAAAAUCACCGAGACCAACCAAAACGCGCACGCACGGAUGAAGAUGCCAGUUCAUCCACCACGAAAUCAAACAGUAAAGAAGGAAGUGGAUCUAAAAAGUCAGAUUCUACUAGUGACAAGCGUUCGGAGUCCAAAAGCGAUUUUGUAGAAAAAAUGGAGGUUGAUUUAUCUAAAAAAGCCAACGGUCUAAUAGAACCGGAGCGAGCUGCUAAUUAA